GAUUUAUUUUCUCACAUAAAGAAAUGAAAGCGGUUGUAUUGGGCACUAAUGCAUUGUAUAUUGGCGCGAAAACAAACGAGUGUGCUUCGUCAUGGCUUUAUCAGAAUUAACGCGCUUUGAGGUUCUAAAUAGGUUUCAGGAUGAAUACCCAUAUAAAGACCUAUCUGUACACUUAUCAGAACUUGAUCUAGACAGAAGUCGAAAGUCUGAGAGUUACAUAAAACCGAUUGAACACGGACUUCAAUGUGGUGAAACGAAAAUUCACUUUCUUCAUGGGACCACUACUCUCGCCUUCAAAUAUUCUGGCGGAGUAAUUGUCGCAACAGAUUCACGUGCAACUGCUGGAAGCUACAUUGCUUCUGGAACCACAAAGAAAAUAAUUGAAAUUGACAAAUUCUUACUCGGAACUAUGGCUGGUGGUGCUGCAGAUUGUCAAUUUUGGGAGCGCGUUCUGACAAAGCAUUGCAGAUUAUUUGAAUUGAGGAAUAAGGAAAGGAUAUCUGUUGCAGCUGCGUCUAAGCUGUUAGCGAACAUGAUUUAUAACUAUAAAGGGAUGGGUUUGAGUAUCGGCACAACGAUUGUCGGUUGGGAUAAAAAUGGACCGGGUGUUUACUACGUUGAUACAGAUGGAAACAGGACUUCUGGAAACCUAUUUUCUGUGGGAUCAGGUAGUCCUUACGCCUAUGGUGUUUUGGAUACUAAGUAUAAGUACGAAAUGAACGAUGAAGAGGCCUACGAACUCGCUAAGCGAUCAAUAUUUCAUGCUACUCAUCGUGAUGCUGCAUCUGGUGGAUUUGUUAACCUGUAUCACAUGAAGGAGGAUGGGUGGAAGUUCAUUGGAAUUUUCGACGUCGGAGAACUUUACUACAAAUAUAUGUCGAAAUAAAUUUUAAAACCAUAAUAAAUUUUUGCUGUA